UAAUGCUGCCUGUUGAGUUAGAAUCCAACAAGACAACAAACUUCAGACAGAAAGUUGAGAUUCCAUCGUGCUUGGAACUGAAAGAGUUGUUAAAAUUAGCACCAGAAAUUAUAACAGAUGAAAGUAGGAGUGAAAAUAAAAUCAAAGAUCUUACUGCAAAUAUUACAAAUGAAAUAGAGAUUUCAAAAUACUGUCCCACAAUGGAAGAGGUUUGUUUCAAUCAAAGCAGAAAUCCACUGGAAUGCAGUGAGGCAGUUAGUUACGCUUUAUAUCCUCAAUAUGAAGUAGAAAUACCACUAACUCCGCCAUGCAGACCACAAAGAUCACACGUGAAUUCACUUCAUGCAGGACUUCAGGCAGAACCUAUUUCUCCUGUUGGUAACAGUAUUCUGCUUACAGAGUCAACUAAGGAGUAUUUAGAGUGCCUGGUGUGGCAGUCAGAAAAAUACCAAAAUGCUGUGAACUCUCUUUUGCUUGAAGAGAAUCAGACCGUUGAACCUACAUUUCAACAUCAUUCAGUUACAGAACUGAAAAAGAUGUUGUCUGUCCAUGUGGAAGCUCCAGUGUUUAGCCCAUUGAAAUCAGACUGGUGGAUUCAUUCAGGACUAAAUCUGGUAUUACCAGAUUCUUUGGAGCAACUAAGCACUGAUUUGGGUAGUGCAAACAGCAUGUUUACUACUAAAGUGGAAGUAUUCUCACAAAUUACACAAUUUCAGUUAGAAAAGUGGCUUGAAGAGAAGUGUUCCCUUACUAACCAAGGACUGCUUUCUGUCAGUGCACGUCACUGGGACAAAACAACAGAUUCUCAUUUCUCACCUGAAAAGAAGAGCCCAUUCUCUCCAUUAUGUUUGAGAGCUGCACCUCAUGUUAACAUACAUGAUACAAAUACAUCUGGUGAAUGGCUAACAAGACAGGAAAAACAGCACAGUGAGACAGAAGGACCAAUGCAUUUCUUAUAUCAAGAAAAGAAAAACAAAGAUUUGUCUGACUCACUUAACUGUAAAGAAGUAUCUUUUGAACCAAACAGCUCAACAAAAAGCCAGAAGACUCCAUCAUUCGAACAGUCUAGGCAAUGUGAUGAUGAUUCUGACCUUCUGAGCAGUUUUAUCAUGCUAAGGUCUAAACACGUGUUCAUCCAAAAUGAGGAAAAAAAUAAUGUGGAUAGGCAGAAAGAUGCACUGGAAAUUAAAGUGUGUCCAGAAGUUCUUAAACAAGACAGUCCUGCUGUUUGUAAGGCUACAUUGACAGAGAAAACAGAACAGGAGAAUCAAGGCAGCAUCUCAGUCGAAAUUCAAGCAUCAGAAAGCCAGUGCCAGGCAUACCAUCUGUUAGAAGCAACAGCCACUCCUGUUCUAAAAGAGUUGAUGCAUCUUGGCAUACUUGCUGCAGUGAAUUGGAGCUUUGCCACGGUUAAAUUUGAUCACACUAGAUUUUUCUUAAAACAGCAGGAGAAAGUGAUCUGUGAUAUUUUUAAACAAGGUAAAAAUAGUGAGAAAGAGAUUCUGUUGUUCAAACAUGCUGCUCUGGUGCAUCUGUUGGUAACAGUUCGAGACCUCCUAUUAAUGUGUACCUUGGACACAGCAUUAGGGUAUUUGUCCAAGGCAAAGGAUAUCUAUACAAGCAUCUUAGGUUCUUGUUUGGAUAAUAUUUGGAGGCAGCUGGAGAUUGUACAGUAUAGCAGGCAGAAAAAGAAUGAAAUCAGUCCCAAAAUAACACAGCUUCGGUGUCAGAUGUUCAAGUGGGUGCAGAGUAAUACAGAUGAAGAGAAUCAUAAGGUACUAAUCAUAACAAGAAUGGACUCUGAUCAUGAAAAAGCUGCCAUCACUAAAACCCUUAGUGCAGUAGAAGGUUUAAAAGCCAUGGUUUUGAAUCCUGAGAAAAGAGGAGUUUUGUUAGAGCACCAUGUCAUAAGCAGUUUGAGUAGAUGUUCCUGCGUUAUUGUACAUAAUCAGCACAUUGGAGCUGACUUUCCAUGGACUCUUUUCUCAUUAGUGGUGGAGUAUGAUUAUACAGAGAACUCCUGCUGGAAUGAGCUGUGCAAAAAUUUGAAUAUUACUUACAUAACUUUUAAAACCACUCUUCCAGAAACACUUGUAGUGGGUGAAAAUUUUGGCUGCUUCCCUCUGGAGGUGCAGAUUCCGUAUGUGUUUCUGACAUCUGAAGGACUUCUUAACGCACCGGAAAUCCUUCAACUUCUAGAAUCCAAGUACAAUAUUACUUUUGUUGAGAGAAGUUGCAGUGAAUCAUUACAGCUUUUUGGAGGUACAGAUCGAUAUGUCGUGAUAACAAUAGAUGAACGCACUGCCAUAAUUAUUGAGCCCUCAGUGUCCAGCAAGGAUACAGAGGAGAGCUUAACAAUUCCCAUCAGUAAGGAUGUUUAUGAAAUCCUUACGAGAAGAGAGAGCUGUCUACGUGACCUCAUUGAAAAGAAGUUUGGUUGCAUGUCUCUCCUUAAGAGUAUAAGAUGUCCCCUUGAAGUAUACAAGAAAAGCCUGAAGGAAGGAAUUGAGAUAUCUGUUUGGGUGGAUGAUAUGACAAGACAUAAUGCUGAUGCUUUGGUGAAUGCAGCCAAUGAACAUCUGGACCAUAUUGGAGGCCUUGCUCUUGCCCUGGUGAAAGCUGGUGGGCCAGAAAUUAAGCAAGAGAGUAAACGUUAUAUUGAUCGCCAUGGAACACUCACCACUGGCCAAAUAGUAGUGACAGGUGGAGGCAGGCUUUCUUGUAAGAAAGUUAUCCACACAGUAGGUCCAAGAUGGUCUGCAAAUGAAAGUGAGAGAUGUUGUCACAUGCUUGAGACAGCUAUUAUAAAUGUCCUGAAAUAUGUUAAUGCUCCGGAGAAUAAUAUAAAGUCUGUUGCAAUCCCUGCAGUGAGCUCAGGAAUUUUUGGCUUCCCACUAGAUUUAUGUGCUCAUGUGAUCGUACGGACUAUAAAGAAUUUUGUUGAGCUAGCUCCAUUAUUUGGCUGGUUCAAAGAAAUCCACUUGGUGAACAUUACUGAGCCCACAGUUGCAGCAAUGAAAAAGGCCUGUGAAGAGUUGCUGGGCAGGAGUGACAUCAACUCACUUCAGGAGACUCCACCAGCUUCAGCAAACCGGCUUCCAGAUUCCAUCACAAUCAAUGGUCUUUGCCUACACAUCAUAAGAGGACACAUUGAAGAUCAGCAAACUGCAGUCAUUGUUAAUUCUGUGGUCAUGAAUGAUGAUCUCUCAAGAGGAAACAUUUCAAGAGCAAUUCUGGAAAAAGCAGGCCUAUCUCUUCAGAAGGAAUUUCUGUUUGAGUUACAAAAACUUCCUCCAUAUUGUGAGAAAUUCAUAUUGACAAAAGGAUACAAUCUUGCCUGCAAGUCUGUGCUCCACGUAGUAUGGUCCUCACAAAGCAGCAGUGAUUCGCGCAAGGGACUAAAAACGGUAAUGUCAAGAUGUUUGCUUAAGAUUCAGGAGUAUCAGCUUCCCUCAAUUUCCUUCCCUGCAAUUGGGACUGGAGUGUUAAAUUUGCCAAAUGAUGAAGUGGCAGAUAUUAUGAUUGAUGAAGUUUUAAGCUUUGCGAAGGAACAUCCUUGGAAGAAGACAGAUGUGUAUUUUGUGAUCCAUCCAAAUGACAGUUAUGUCUAUAAGGCUUUCCAAACCAAGUUUGAGUCAGCAAAAAACAAGCUGAUAGAAGACAUGGAAUGCCACAAAACUGAUGAUUUGGGGUCACGCUCCGACAGACAAGCUGAAAUACAGAAUAAAAAAACUGGACCAGCCAUUGAACUUAUUGGCAACUGCUAUGAAAAACUGGAAGCAGCAAAAAUAUGGAUUGAAGACAUAAUGCAAGUCCAGGAAAGUCACCUUAUCGUUAUAGAAAACAAUCACAUUUUUAACCUUAGCAAAAGAGAGCAUGCAGAACUUUCUCAUCUCCAGCGUUUCGGUGUAUCCAUAUUGGAAGAAGUGGUUGGUGGAAAAGCAAGAUUAGAGAUUCAAGGUCCUCCUGGUGCCAUAAUUGAUGCAGUGUUUGUGAUCGAAAACUUACUGUGUUAUGUGCAAGAGAAUAAUAGAACCAAACAAGAGGAACUGCCACAGUCAGAGGGCCGACUGGAAACUAAUUAUCCUCCAGAAAAACUCCAAGACAAGACAAGGGAUACCAAAAUGUAUGAUCAGAUCUCAGAAGCAGACUUAAACUGUCAGGAAUUCAAGGACCGAGAAAAGCAGUUUGAAAAAACUGGGCUUCGUGCUCUCAAGCAAAGCUCUAAGAAUUUUCAAGGAGAAUUUGGAGGCUUGGCAUAUAGCUGUCCAGAAGCUCAGGUUGAGGAGACACUUUGGAGUGAAUAUCCAUCCAGCCAUGCAUUGGAUUCAUUUGCACUUGACCUCAGACUCUGUGAUUCAGUUGCAAAUCCAGAUGAAUACAGUAGUUUGAAUUUUCACCAAAUAGCUGGAGAGUUUUCAGGAAAGAGAAGGCCCAGUGCAUCAUUAUCAAACUUAACAGAAAAAGAUGUUUUAACAGGUUUAGGCUUUGCACAAGUACCACAGCUCAAAAAAAGGCGACUAACAUUUGAAAAAGCCCCUGGAAGAAGUGAUGGGCAAACUCGUCUUAAAUUCUUUUGAAUUAAAUAUAGUCUUACUGCAGACACUUUUUAAAUGUGUGUGUGAAUUGUUUCAAGGGAGCCAUUUUAAAUUUUAUAAUUAUUUCUGACCCAAUUCUCAGGUCAUUUUCAUAUACUGAGAAGUUAUUGGGUUUAACUUUUUGCAUGUUUAUUAAAAGGUUUUUUGUUUUUUUUAACAUUUUACCAAACAAGUUAGUUACUUAAUCUGCAGAAUU